AUGCAUGGCCCCGUACGAGAUAUACCGUGCCUGGCGUGCGCAAAGGCGGCCGCCGUCAGAGGCGACGGAGUCUGCCGUGGCAAUCUCGCCAAGCCGAACAGUGCCCGCUGCGAGCAUUGCUGGGCUACUUCCAAACCAUGUAUACCCGCCGCAGGGGUUCUUCUCCCGUUGAUCCGUAACGUCACCGAGGCAAUCGCAGCUGGCAAUGAAGGGGAGAUUGGAGCAGCCCGCUCGAAGCUUUGGAACGAAACAAAAAAACACCCCAACCGUGUAGGAGACAAGCACUGGAGACGGCGAGGACGAGGACGCAAGCCCGGCGCUUCCAGCCAACGAUAUCCAGGAGCCCCAGCUGCGGAAGAAGUAAAGACGCAAGAAGCUUCCGGUAGCGAGCAGCCUUCAGAUAAGCCUGCCGGAUUGAGUAAGCUGGCGCGACACUUACUGGAUGCCCUUGCCGUUGGGCCGACCGAAUCCCGUUCGACGCCUGAGGUGAUCGGGGAGAAAGCAGCCAGCGUCCAUGGCAGGAUUUCGUCCGAUAUCAAACAGGAACUGCUAGAAAUUGGCAACGAGAUAUAUCAGACCGGGACUGAGAAGUUUGAAGCCGUCGAAGGCGGGGGCCCGAUGAAGACUGGUGAUCGCUUAAAGGACAUUGGAGAGCGGCUUGUAUACAUUGCCAGCAAGUUGGGGGCCGAGUAG